UCCUUCGUCAUCCUACAGAAAACCGAGACAAAAUGAGGACAGGGACGCUGUCGUUGUCUUUUGCAAUUCUGAUUGCUCUCUUAGAGAACACGAAUUGGGCAGAGUGGAUGAAACCCAAACAGUAUUCAGGCAGUGAACCAGGUGGAGAUAUCCAAAGUAGUCGGUUGGAUUCCCCGCACAAACGCUGGCAGGUUAUUGCAGACAAAGUCCUGGCAAAGAGAAAAUCUUUGGGAAGACAAAGGAACGAUUUAGUGUCCCGGGAUUUGCAUCCCUGCGUGAAGAAUUCUUCACCAAUCGUUAUUGGAGCCAAAUUGAUCACGGUGGCACAAUGUUAUGAUCACUCCAUGCUUGGAUGCAGUGGCAAAGCACCCGUGUACCAUAAGUGUGUGCCUACUUAUAAGUAUGACAUCGAUCUGGACAGGAUAUUUACUACUGGCUGUAAUUGCGCGUCAUAACAGAAAAAAACAGACAAAAGUAGGUUUCUUUUUAAAGAGUAAGUACUUCUCAAGAAUAAGGAAUAGGUGACCUUGAUGUAAGGCAUAAAAAUAAAGUGUAAUAGCAUUU